AUGUUGAAGAAGACGCAAAAGACGCCAUUACCCCUCAUGCCGCCGGCCAUUACCGCGAUUCAAGCCCCGGCGCCUUCGGAGGGAAUGGCUCGGGAUAGAGCGAGAAGUUUCUCCGGAGCUCCGGCGCCGAACAACACCGCCCCUCACCCGCACCGUCUACAACCCCGCCAUCCCUCGCCCACUCCCGCCCCCCGCGGUCGCAGCAGCUCCGCCCAGCCUCCGACAGAUCACAAUACCUCGGCAGAGGCACUCCGUGUCGUCUCGGGACCAGUCGAUCUGAGAUCCCAGUCGAACAACUCCGGCGAUGGCGACAAACGCAAGUCGAGGAAGGGCUGGCUGACCGGCGGCCGGUCGAGGUCGAAUUCAGCCGACCUGGGAAAGGAUAAGGGGAUGAGGGCCUGGAUCAUGUCCCCCGACACCCUGUCCGACUACAACGUCGCCGCUUUGAUGAAUGGAGAAAAGAUCCCCGAGUUGUGGAAUGAGGCCGGCAAUGUUUAUAUAUACCUGAAUCCCAAAGGAAGCAGCCGAGGACCGUCAUUCAAGGUUCAAGACCAAGUCUUUAACUCAUCUAAAGUCCUGAACGAGAUUCUAGAGUCAGGAACAAUAGCGGCCAACUCGAGUGGGAACACCUACCUCGGGGUUGACGACGCUGCGAGGCGCACACACUCGCAGCCAAUCUCGACGAGAAGGCCCGGAGAAGGCGAUAUAUAUCUGCCCCUCGAAAAGCAGGACCUCGAUAGUCUGGUUGCAGCACGGAACCUCUUUGCCUUCCUGACGAACCAACCCUUGGUCGGAACCGGCGCCAACCCGACUAUAUUCACCGCGUUUUCCCACAUAUCCGGCCUCCUCCGGAAGUAUGGCUUCAGUAAUUACAACGGCUCUUCAUUUGGCGACUCGGUUGAUGCCACAUUCGACAUUUUUCUGGAUCAAUUCGGCACAGCUGAUGUCCGACACAGCCGUGAAAAAACCCUAGAGGCCCUCGUCAUGAGCGAGCAUAUGAAAUCAUGGACUCUCUAUAACGAGGCCUUCGCUCACGCCGUGGGCAAGUAUGACUCUCUUCUUGAACUGAGGUCACCGCUAUUCAACAGCAUCAGCGUCAGCACGCGAAACCGCCUGGAGCGCGCCCACCUGAAUCUCGUCAACCGCCAGGCCAACAUUGAUAUUCGGCUCGAGUCGUUCGAGUUUCCGUCGCUUUUUGCCGGCAUCGCGAGUUCGACCUCGACAGACGAAUACAAGAACGUCAAGUUCAAGGAGUGGCGAAACUCGUUUGUCAAAAUGAGAAGCUUCGUCCUCGGCUACUACAAGGACUUGUUUGGCAACUGGCCUCCAAAGGCGAGGAGCAAGAAGAACCAUUUCUCCCAGCCUGGGCUCAACCGGCAGUGCCUCAAGAUGUUGUACUCGGAUCUGGCCGCUCUAUACGACCUGCUAGUCGACAGGGAGUCGGUAACACCGCGCGCCAUCGACAAGGUGUUCGAGGACACACAGGCAAAUGCCGUCGACCCAAAUAUCUCUGCGCUGCGUAAGAUAUUGAGCGAGUUCGACCAUUCUUCACCCCCAGUCCUACCUCCGAUUCCGUUCGAUGUGCCCAAAAUUCCGUCCAUGAAAACCAUCCACGAGAACUACAAUGACCUCUCUGGCAAGACACAGGCCAAGUUCGACAAGUCUCUCAAGUAUAACGAGCUCCUGCUGCUUCUUAUCAAAUCCCGCAAUAUUGACACCGACUCCCUGCGCAUACCUUUCCUCAACGCGUUCAAAGAGUUUGAGCUCAAAGAGGCAAAGAGCGCUCAUGCUCAUGACCUCGCAGACCAACGCAUUGGCUACUGGUUGUUCCUUUACGUCGUCAUCCAGUCGCUGCCCAUGCUUGUCGUUGACGCACCCGGCCUUAACUGGACCGAGGGUGUUGAGUACUUCUUGUGUGAGGCACCCCAGGGCAACCCGCCCUGGGUGGAAGACGCGGGCGAGGUUCGCAAGAUGUGGUACAAGACGGACCAGGGCAUUGUCGAGCUCUCGACAGACGUCAUUUUGUUCAGCGCCGAAGGUGUCUAUAUGCGGAGUCAUUGUUGGCUGGCUGCUAAGGCUUGG